AUGCAGAAUUGGCAAUGUCCAAACGCAGCUUUUCAAGGCCCAGGACUGCUCAGGGAUGUCCUCCAUGGUCAUCCGGAGUCUUCCCCAGUGAGAGGCAGCAGUCUCCAGCAUAUCAUCUGCAGCCACUUGGGUGGCAACGUGUUGGAGGACGAGGCCAGCACUUUAGGACGAACCUUUCCCAAGGCUGGGCAGUUCUGUGAGGUUCACUAUACGGGGUCACUGAAGGAUGGAACAAAGUUUGAUUCUUCUCGGGACCGAGCUCAGCCAUUUAAAUUUAAAAUCGGUGAAAAUCAGGUCAUCAAGGGCUGGGAAGAAGGAUUAGUUCAGAUGAGCACUGGACAGAGAGUAAAACUAACCUGCACCUCUGACUAUGCUUAUGGAGCUGCUGGCCACCCUGGCCUCAUUCCACCUAAUGCUACUUUGAUUUUUGAUGUAAAGCUCUUGAGACUUGAGUGA